CAGAGGCUCGCUGAGAGGCAAUCUCUGCAGUCCUCGUUCCAGACGCUGCGAAAUAAACUGCAGUAUUUGGGGACCAUGGCUACAGACCCACUCUCGGAGCUUCAGGAUGACCUGAACUUGGAUGAUGCCAACCAGUCCCUCAGCCAGCUCAAACUGGCCUCCAUAGAUGAUAAGAGCUGGCCGGCAGAUGAAGCCCCUGCUUUUCCCAAAUCAGAGGACUCCAAAGGCUCCCCUGAGCCCGUCACUCACCUGCAGUGGGAUGAUCCGUACUAUGAUAUCGCCAGGCACCACAUUGUGGAAGUAGCAGACCAGGGUGCACUUGAUGGGGCCCAACCAGGUGAUGACAAAUAUGGAAGGAAAGUAAUUUUGUUCAGUGCCUGCCGGAUGCCCCCAAGUCAUCAACUUGAUCACGUGAAACUGCUGGGGUACCUGAAAUUCACACUGGACCAGUAUGUGGAGAGUGAUUACACACUGGUGUACCUGCACCAUGGCCUGACCAGUGAGAACAAGCCAUCCCUGAGCUGGCUGCGGGAUGCCUACAGGGAAUUUGAUCGCAAGUACAAGAAGAACAUCAAAGCCUUGUAUAUUGUGCACCCAACCAUGUUCAUCAAGACCCUGCUGAUUCUCUUCAAGCCUCUGAUCAGCUUUAAGUUUGGACGAAAGAUUUUUUAUGUGAACUUCCUUAGUGAGCUGGAGGAGUAUGUGAAGCUGGAACAGUUGGGGAUCCCAAGCCAAGUGCUGAAAUACGAUGAAUAUCUGAGAUCCCUGCAGAAACCUUCACAAGUGCCCCAGAAGCCAACACCCCCGCGCCCACCGCUGCCAAACCAGCAGUUUGGAGUCUCGCUCCAGCAUCUCAGGGAGAAGAGCCCUGAUCAGUCUGCUGUUCCACUGGUGGUCAGAGACACCAUUGCUCAUUUGCAGGAGCAUGCUCUUGCUACAGAGGGGAUUUUCCGGAGAUCAGCAAAUACACAGGUUGUCAGGGAGGUCCAGCAAAAAUACAACAUGGGUGUACCUGUAGAUUUCCAGCAGUAUGAAGAUGUCCACCUCCCUGCUGUGAUUCUCAAGACCUUCUUGAGGGAGCUACCUGAGCCCCUCCUCACGUUUGGCCUCUACAGCCAUGUUGUCAGCUUCCAGAGUGUGGAGGAGGUGAAUCGUGUGGACGUUGUUCGCAAAACACUCCAGACUCUGCCAGAAGAAAACUACCAAGUGCUCCGUUUACUGACAGCCUUUCUGGUGCAGGUCUCUGCUCACAGUGACAGAAACAAGAUGACAAACACCAACCUGGCAGUUGUGUUUGGCCCAAAUCUGCUGUGGGCCAAAGAUGUAGCCAUCACCCUAAAAGCCAUCAACCCCAUCAAUACCUUUACCAAGUUCCUGCUGGACCACCAGAAGGAGCUCUUUGAGGAUGUGGAGGCCUGAAUCCAGGCCAGUCCACACCAGCACACUGUGCCCACCUUCUUUCCCACCUUGUCUUGGAGCUGUGACCAAGCUGGCUCCAGUGCAAAGGGACCAUUGAUCCUCUGGGUGAUGAGCAGAGCGAGGGCUGUGGAGAUGGUGGAGAAAGUGUGUAAGUAAGCGAGCAGGAGACCUGCUGCUCCAGAUGGGGAGGGGAGCUGGUCUCCCAGCUGCUGCGAGUGGAGUCCUAACCCACCUGCCAGUCUGUGCAGCUCUUCCAGGGUUCAUCACCACUCUGCUGCCCUGUCAGAUGACCUGCCUUCCUUUCCUCCUUCCCUCACAUGCAGUUUUUCUGCCCUCCUGGUCCCUUCCUUAGCAAAGAUCUUUUUUUGUUUAAGCUCCCAAUAGCCCCAGCUCACCCCCCUUGCCUCGGCUGGGCUGUCUGGGCUAGGGCAUGCUUGCUGGGUUUUGUGGCAGAGAUGUUCUUGCUGCGAGUGCCAUCUCUCAGCGCUGAACGUGCAUCCUGCUUUUCCCCAGAAGCACCAAAAGCAGGGAAUGGAGCCAGGCAGCCCUUGUGCUUCAGGUAGCAGCAUGUCCUGCACUUGCAAACACCACUCUAGACCCCAUGCUUUUGGCAGGCAAGUGCAGGACAAGCUCACGGCACGUGGGCUGUAUCACCGGUCAGACUCCAAUACAAGGAAGCUGAAUUAAGCCCAAACCCCUCUGGGGUCACCCACUCCAGAUACUAUUCAGUGUUUGCUGGGGUGUAGUGGGUGUGAGGGGCCUCCCAUAGUCACCCAGCUCAGGCGUGUUUGUCCCUCCCGCAGCCUUGCCAGCCCGGCUGGGGAGGUUCACCCCAGACCCGGCUCUGCGGUAUGGGGUGAAUGCCGGGCAGCAAGUGCCCUGGUGGCAACUGAACUGCUGAACGCUGUGAGGAUCACUGCCUCUUCUCCUCCGUCAGGCACAUGUAUCUGUGCUGACUGGCACAGACCGCCUUGGCUAGUUCUCUUUUUGAGCAGAACUUUCCCCAGCACAGCGUGACAGAGAACAUGGCCUUGAGGGAAGGUCUAGGGACUGGGGCUAACCCUCCCCCUGGGGUGCAGCAGGCCUGGAUUGCGAAUUUCUGCCCAGGUACUGAGCACUCAUGUGCCAAAGCUGUGAGGGAACAGCUAUUCCAUGCCAAGGGCCUUUGCCCUGUCUCCUCCUCGGUUCAUACCUUCCUUCCAUCCUACCAAGGGAGCCUGGUCAGAUGCAUCCCGUGUGCCCUGGGCACGGCUGGAGAGAUCGGGUUGUCCGCAAAGCAGGCUCAGAGCGGGGGGGGGGCUGGCACCUCCCCAGAGCGGCUGCAGUACUGUUGGAGCAUCACUGUUGGUUUUGGGUUGCAGCAUUCCCAUUACCUGAGCUAAAAGAGAUCCCUCUCCUUAGCCUGGGCCCGGCAGGGUGUUCAUAGGGAGCUUCUAGCCUUACUUCACUGGUGUGUUGUAUCUUUAUACCUUCUGCCCCGCAUGCCUGGGCCGGUCCUCCCUGCUGCAUCUGGUCACAGGGACAAAUCUUUUGGACCAAGCAGAACUAAUUUUUAAAAAGCUACUGGAUGCUAAAUAGAAUUCGCUUUUUCAUAAUCUUUUAGCCUGCCUUUAAACAUUGACCAAAGGUCGGUGCCCCAGUUGUGAUCAAAAUAAGUGACAUCUGCUGCAGGAAUUACGGAAAUUGCUCUUUUUGCUAAGCUCUGGAAUGGGGAUGGGUGCGAACAUGGGCAGCUCUGUGGGGCAGCGCAGGUCCAGCCCACUGGCUCGGAGGAGGCGCACCAACACGUGGGUGGGAACAGCGAGUAAGAAACAGCAUUGCUAAGGCUGGAGUGAGAGAUGUUCUAGGAGAGGGCUGGGUCUGAUCCCUUCUAGAUACUGGGGGACUUUGCCCUACGGAGGCUACAAGGCUGCUUAGUCUCCUUCUUCCAAGAGUAGGAGUCUUCCCUGUUUGGCCAGGAUAUGAAUUGUUUCAGCCUGAACAGUUCACAGCAGUAAAACAAAUAAAUGUUUUGGAGGUAGAGAUACUCAGCUCCUAAUUCACCUGUGAUCUCUGCCAGAGUAAGUUGGCAGAGCUGAUGUGAUGAGUAAUCUCCUGGGAUGGACAGUGUGGAGAGAGGUGUAUUUGCCCCAGAGUUUGUUUUAAGACGUAAGGCUUUCUGGACAGCCUGGGAGGAGCGUGGAGGCUGGGGGAGCCCAGUGCAGCCCCUCUUUCCCGGCAGGCAACCCCGGUCUGUGAUGGGGGGAGCCUUGGUGCUCUGACUGCCUCUGCAGCUGACACUGGCCUUGCUUCUAUCGUGCUAGAGGAAAGGCAAACCCAGCUAACUUCUCCUGGGACAAACAAGCCCAAGGUCAGCAGCUUGGAAGGGGAAGUGCCUGUGUGCCGGGGCACAAGACCUCGGCCCUGUGCGCAGCCCCGGCUCCCUGGGGAGGGUGGCACGUUCCAGCCCUGCAGAGCAGCGAGGACCGUUCCCUGUCCAGUAGCGAGAGGAGCAGUGCUGGGGUAACUUAGCUCCUCUCCAGGGGCAGAGGCGGGAUUGCUGCGAGUUUCUGUGUUCUGGCUGGGGUUUGUUUUGUGGGUGCUUUUUUUCUUUUUUUUCUUUUUUUUUU